AAAAUUUUUUGUAGCCAAAAUCCAGAUAUAAGUAAGAAAUCGCGAUUGUCUGACUACUGACUAAUUUAAGAUAAACAGGCAGUGUCUUCAAUUUAUAGAGCCUGUCAUGUGACCAGAACGUGUCAUUAGUUCCCAGGUACAAAUUAACUACGCGGUCAUCUUUAAAUUGAUACUUCUGUUCAAGUCUAUGAACUGUUAUAAUACGAAGAGAAAGUUUUUUAGAGUAAACUGCCUUGCUUUAAUUAUGACUUCUUUUUACCAUGUGCUUGAGAUAAUUGGUGAAUAUAAAGGACCACAACUUCAAUGCGCAAGAUUUUCCCAAUCCAUUUUACGUGGGAAUGAUGCAAGGAUUUUGGUGGAGUGUUAUAACAAUGACAGAUACGGAGACAAGACAACCAAGGGACCCUUUGGAAGGAUAAUGGCUGUUUUAUGGAUAAUGAUCUCAACAAUUUUCGUGUCGCUGUUCACAGCUAAUGCGUCUUCAAUAUUGGCAAUCAGCCAGGCAGAAGAGGAUCACAGUAUUACUCUUGGAAAGAAGAUUGGUAGUUUCAACAGCAAGCAUUUUUUCGAGGAUCAAUUGAAUCUUGGUGGUCAAAUGAUAAAUCAUCCGACUGGAAUGAGUAUGAGAUUAAGUAUACUAAAUGGAGAUACGGAUCGAGCAAUAUUUCCUAAUUACCUGGACUUUAUUCAUGCUUUGACGUUACCGGAAUUCAGUUCAAUGAAGGAUGUCUAUCAAAUCUCAAAUACAUUUGACUAUCCUUUUCAAAUCGGCAUGGCGUUUGCUGUUGACCCAAACAACAUGACAUCGUCUGAACUCGGUCUCUUGACGUGUCUACGGUCUUCCCUUCCACCUCUUGAAUUACUGCUUCGUCGUCAAAUUAAUGUCGUCGGACUGCAUGAUGAAUCGAUCAGUAAGAAAAAGAAAGUACCUUUGGAUAGCAAUACCAUAUUGACUUUAAGUUAUUGGUGUUUUCUCAUUAUUGCUUGUCUUGUGGCCUUCGGACUUUCAUAUGACUAUUGGAACUACAGACGUAGAAAUCAUACUUCUGAGCAUCACAUUGGUGAUAUUGAAGAAAGUGUGAUUGAAGGUACGAACGACGAAAUAAAUGUACAACAACCAGAUGUUGAAAACCAGGAAAAUGUUCAACCAGAUGUUGAAAACCAGGAAAAUGUUCAACCAGAUGUUGAAAACCAGGAAAAUGUUCAACUUUAUUGUGCUGAGUCAUCACAAAGUGUGAAACAAGAAGCUGUUGAUUGUUGUGAAAACAACGUGACUGUGAAUGAUGAGACUGAUGUUCCCCAAGAUUCCAACUACUCUCUCCAUGAGUAGUUAUUGUAGAUUGACGUUCGAUGUCAGUGUUUUUAUUAUUUGUUUUUUAACUACCUUCAUUUUCUGUAGAUUUAUUAAUUUGAUAUUUUUUUUUACUUGGACAAUUUUUGGUCAAGUCUUCACUCUUUUUGCAGCAGGUAUUUUUCAUGGAGAAUUUUGUAUAGUUUUUUCAUACUAACAGGAUCAUUAAUAAAUAAUUUCCUUGUUUAUUUAA